CGAGUGUUCGAAGCCUCUUCGUCGCGCUCGCGUGGUGCCUCGAGUUCAUCUUCCUCGCGCUGCCAGCGGCGGGGCUCUCGUGGCCUCCUCCUCCGUCUCCGUCUCGUCGUCGUGACGCGGGGGAUCAACCAAGUUUAAGGAAAUGUCUGGUCACGAGAGAGAUGAUGUUCCAAUGCUAGAGCUACAAAGAUUUUCUACUAGAAGUGUAUCAUUGUGUAUACCUGUCAGGGAUGACAUAGAUGAAGACUCAAUCAUAUCCCAUAGUGGCCCUAUUUUCACCCGGACACCAACUGAGUGUACAUCCGUGGCUAUUCCUUCAGGAAACAGAAACAUGCUUCAUAGUCUGCCUCGUCCAAAGGUUAAAAGCAAGCCACAAGUUGUUACGCCAGAAGAAGUUGGAAUAACUAACUGGCCUGAUAACCAGCAUGUUCGGAAGAAUGAAUACCCGAUCAUGUACUCUGAGCCUCUGGGCUGUGAUAAUCCUGAUUGUGUCCAUUGUCCUCGCGCUUGUAAAAACAAGAGGUAUUUCCAGAGAAGUUCAGCUCCUUUUGAUAACAAGAAGAAAAGCAGGCAUUACCUUUCAUACAUUCCAAUUAUGAAGCCACAUGAUAAGGCUGUUCACCUAUGGAACAAGUUUUUUGUAAUAUCAUGCUUGCUAGCAAUAUUCAUCGAUCCUCUAUUUUUCUUCCUAUUGUCAAUAAAUAAGGAUCGCAAGUGUAUAGUAUUCAAUUGGAAUUUUGCGAUAGCAUUAGCUGUUGGAAGAAGUGUGACUGAUGCCAUUUAUCUUUUACACAUGCUUCUUCAGUUCAGGCUAGCAUACGUAGCACCGGAGACCAGAGUAGUGGGAACUGGAGAUUUGGUUGAUGAGCCUAAGAAAAUUGCUAUGCGCUAUCUUCGUAGAUUUUUUGUAUUCGACUUAUUUAUUGUUCUUCCAGUCCCUCAGGUGAUGAUAUUGCUAGUUAUACCUAAGUAUGUGGGGCUAUCAAGUGCGAACUAUGCAAAUAACUUAUUGCGUGUCACAGCUCUUCUUCAGUAUGUACCACGUAUUGUAAGAUUUGUGCCACUGCUUGGUGGUCAAUCUACAAAUGGAUUCAUUUUUGAGUCAGCAUGGUCUCACUUUGUGAUUAAUCUUCUAAUGUUUGUUUUGGCUGGGCAUGUUGUUGGUUCAUGUUGGUACCUCUUUGGACUACAGAGGGUUAAUCAAUGUCUACAGGAAACUUGUGCUGCAUCAAACAUAUCAAAAGCAUUCUGUAAAAAGCUCACGGAUUGUGGAAUUAGUGGAAAAAUGAGGACCCAGUUGAGAAUCUCAGACUCAAUCGGCUGUUUUGAUACUAAAAAUGGUAAUUUCUCUUAUGGGAUCUACCAACAGGCAGUGCUGUUAACUGCAGAACCUGUACUCAAACGUUAUAUAUAUUCGCUCUUUUGGGGAUUUCAGCAAAUAAGUACUUUAGCCGGCAAUUUGAUCCCAAGUUACUUUGCAUGGGAAGUACUAUUCACUAUGGCUAUUAUUGGACUGGGUUUGUUGCUUUUCGCAUUACUCAUAGGGUCCAUGCAGAAUUUUCUCCAAGCUCUUGGGAAAAGGAGGCUAGAGAUGCAACUAAGAAGGCGUGAUGUUGAACAUUGGAUGAGCCAUAGGCGACUGCCAGAAGAUCUAAGAAGGAGGGUUAGAUGUGCUGAGAGGUUCAGCUGGGUAGCCACCAGUGGAGUGAAUGAAGAGGAGCUUUUGAGCAAUUUGCCAGAAGAUGUUCAAAGGGACAUACGCCGCCAUUUCUUUGGGUUCCUUAAGAAGGUUCGUCUGUUUAACCUGAUGGACAAUGCAACCUGGGAUGCGAUAUGUGACAAGCUAAGGCAGAACUUGUAUAUCAGCGGAAGUGACAUUCUUUAUCAGGGUGGUCCUGUUGAAAAGAUGGUUUUUAUAGUCAGGGGUAGACUGGAAAGCAUCAGUGCAGAUGGAAAUAAAUCUCCCUUGCAAGAAGGAGAUGUUUGUGGUGAGGAACUCCUUUCCUGGUACUUGGAGCAAUCUUCAGCAAACAGAGAUGGUGAGAAGAUGAAGUUGCAAGGCAUGCGUUUGGUUGCUAUACGUACUGUCAGAUGUUUAACGAAUGUUGAAGCUUUUGUACUGCGAGCACGUGAUUUGGAAGAAGUGACUUCGCAAUUUUCAAGAUUCUUGCGCAAUCCACUUGUGCUAGGUACAAUUAGGUAUGAAUCACCGUACUGGAAGAGUCUUGCAGCAAAUCGGAUCCAAGUCGCAUGGAGGUAUCGGAAAAGGCGACAGAAGAGAGCUGAGAUGUUAGGUUUGCAAUAGAAAUCGUUCCGAUGUACAGUCGACGAUCUUCAGCAUUUGGGGGACCACAUAUUGCUCCAUUUCAAUUCAUAUGUGGGCUAUUCUUGGUGCUGUCUGUUUUGCCGCAGGUCCAGUGAUUUGAGUUUCCCUGAUGCCUCCCGUAUAAAAUGAAAUAUAGAUGCUGAUGACCUGAUGUACAUUUAAAAAAAAAGGAAAAAAGGUUCCCUAAAAACCGUUGAUAAGAAGUAUACUCGACUAAGUAGGAAAUAGGCUGCUGAGGUAGUUUUCUUUAUUAUAAAAUUGUUACUCGUGGUUUAAUUCUCUCCCUCCUCGAAUUUUGCUAGGAAGAUCGCAUUUGCAACCUUUGAGCACGACGUCUCAAGUAAAGAGAAUGUUGUGGCAUCAAUGUGGAAAGCUCUAU